GAAAACGAGCCGAGGGGUUGCAUUGCUCUUGUCGCGGUUCCGCCCUCGUUUCGUUCCGGGAAAAGGAGCACCGAAUCUGGGCGACGCUCCCCCUGGAUCGCCCCCUCCCCAAAAGCCAUGGCCAAAACCUUCACCAUCCAAGUCAGCAGCGAGACGCGCAAAAAGAUGAUUGAUUUCAGAGACUCCCUUUCUAAAGAGGCAGAAGAGUUUCUCUCCACCUUUUUACCUGCCAAAAUAUUGCAACUGGAUCAGUUUUUGAAGGAAGACAAACUGAAUAUUAAAGACCUGUCCGUACUUCGUGCCCCGCUGGAUAUUCCCAUCCCAGACCCCCCUCCCAAAGAGGAUGAGAUGGAGACAGAGAAGGAGGAGAAGGAAGCCCCCAAAUGUGGAUACCUUAAAGGCAACGAGUCCAUUGUGUCCCUUUUGGACCGGGUCAAACCUGAAGUUCGGGAGUUCAGAGAGAAAUGCGUCUUGGUUGCUACCUGGAUUCAGUACAUGAUUCCCAAAAUAGAAGAUGGCAACGAUUUUGGGGUGGCUAUUCAGGAAAAAGUCCUAGAGCGGAUCGUGGCCUUGAAGACCAAGGCGGAAGGUUUCCAGACAACCAUUGCCAAGUAUUUCUCAGAGCGUGGCGAAGCAGUGGCUAAGGCCUCCAAGGACACACAUGUGAUGGAUUACCGGUGUCUUGUCCAUGAACGAGAUGAGGCUAUCUACAGAGAAAUCCAGAUGAUGGUGCUUGACAUUCGUGGGUUUUAUGCUGAGCUCUACCACAUCUUGAGCAAAAACCUGGAGAAACUGACUAACCCCAAGGGGGAAGAGAAGCCGUCGAUGUACUGAGAGGCCUUCUUCAGUGGAUUCUUCGGCAAUUGCCUCUGUCUUCUUUGCCAGGGUGGCACAUAAAAAGAGAAGGUUAUGGAGGGCAGAGAGAUGUAAAAGUAGAUGCACAACUGUCUUUGCUGGAUUAGACGCAAAUAUCCUAACGAAACCUGCUGUGACUUCUUUUUGUUGACAGACCCUGUGAAAUUGUAUGAAAUUAAAGCUGGAGAAAAUAUGUGUUAUUUUCAUGUAAUGGUUUUUUUUUUUUAGUAGCUGCAUUAUUUUUCCAGAAAUGUCUUUGUUUUGAUUCAAGAGCCACUGUGAAUCUGAUCUCUCAGCCUUUUCUCCGUCGACGUUCUGGCCAAGAGAACGUGCUCUGGCCUCUCUGUUCUGAGAAGCAAUCAAUGCACACAGUCAAAGAAUCCAGCGACUGAAGAGUAAAACAAGAACAUUUGUAUUUUGUGCUCUAAAUCCUUACACCUUUUCAAGGGCAUCUAAAUGUCUGUGAUGCUGGAAAGAGCUUAAUUAGUUUAAUAAAAAUGCCUCAUUUCA